AUGGGCGUCUCCGGGUUGACCAUCCCGCUGUUCCUAGCAACCUACAUGAUAUACAGCAAAAUAAAAAAUGACAACAAAAAUUUAACGGAAGCGGAAAAAAUUAUGGGGAAGUGCCUGUACAAGCAUGACAGCAGUUUGAUACAGGGAAGCAAUUAUGAGCAAGAAAAAACGUACAAUUUAUUUUACAUAAUCCAUGCGAUAUAUAGCAACAUUCGAACGCUAAUAAAUUUUUACAUGAACGUGAAAAAGGUAAAUACAAAGGAUAGCGCAAAUGAGUACACAAUUUUAUUUUUCCAUUCGUAUAAUGUGGACCGAUUUUUGCACACAAGAAAUAUCAAAACGUAUGUUGAAAGGCUGAAGGAAAUUUACCAAGACAUUAACAAAAAAAAAAAUGUUAACAUUGUGUAUGUCCCCCUGGACAGCAAACUCCUUUUUAAUAUUAAACACUUUGGAAAUAUGAACAACUGGUACAGCAUAUUAUUUCACGAUAAAAAACAAAUUUUAAAAAUGAUAAAAAAUUACAACAUUAUGAAUAUCCCCACGAUGGUUUUGUUGGAUAAAAAUAUGAACAUCAUAAAUGACAAUAUUAAUUAUUUGCUGCUCCACCAAAGGAAGGAUUUCCCCUACAGAGAGGUUAACCAUUUGACGUACAUCAAUUGGCUCUAUGACAAAAAUAAUCGCAAAUACGAUUUUAAAAAAUUAAAUUCUGAUUAUGUGCUCUUCUAUUUUAACAAUGAGAAGGACAACAAGGGAGAUCUCCAAUCCCUCCUCAAGGUGAAAAAAAAACUGGCCGCCAAAAAUGUCAAUGUGGAUAUUAUUUUUGUUAAAGAUAUGGAAAUGAUGAAGGGGAAGACCUCCGCGAAGGGAGAUGGAAUGGUUGGUCAGCAAGAAGCUGAGAAGGCAGGCCCACUGGCGGAUGAAAAAACGGAGGGGAAUGUUCCCAGCGAAGGAAGCGGUAAGGAGAAGGCCCCAAACAAGUCAAACACAAAGGAGGGGUCAUCUGCACCUUCUGGGGAUGAGAAGCAGAAUGAUAAAAGAAACACCGCUGACCGAAGCAGCCAACCGCGUGGCACAAACGAUCAGACGGAACACUACGUGGACGAUGUGUACUAUCUGGGAGAACAAGAAAAUAACGCCAUAUAUAAGUUACUCCUUUACGAUAUGUUCGAUGUGACCUUCAAACCAGUGUGCAUUUUGGUAAAUAAAAAGGGAAACAUUAUAAGCAAGUACAUCCACGUGGAGAAGAAGGAAGACGAAAUAGCUAGCUUUAUACAAAAUAAUUACAAAAGUUUACACGAAAAAGCGAAUGAAAAAAAUUACAUGUACAAAUAUGAGAAUGUCAGCAACUUAACCAACUUAAACGUUUUUUCGCCAAUCUUCAUUCUGUUCAGUGAGAAACUCAAUUUGGAUUUGCUGCACCAGUACAACGACUUGAUUGGCCAGUAUAAUAAAAACAGAAAGGGGAAGAAAAUUAACUUUUACUUCCUGGUCACUGACGAUAAAAAAUACGAAGCUUUAAAAAAGCUCUGCGCAGUGGAUAACUCCACCCAGGCGGUCAUUUUGGAUUUGUUUAACCAGAAGAUGUUCAAGGAUAAGGUCAACAAGCUGGACGUCAUAGACACCUCAGGUGGGAAGAGCGUCAUUAACAAGGACAAGUUCUUCAGCUUCGUGAACAGGUACUACGGCGACGAUCUGUACGCCUCCCCCAUUGUGCUCACCAGGGGGGCAUAG